CUGUUUCCACUUUUCAUCACUUCCUUCAGUAACCUGGCCUGCUCCUCACCCAGAGAUCUACUCCAUGAUCAGCCACUACUUUGGUUUCGUUCCUUUGGAUCCUUACGCCUGACUCGUAUCGCCCUCUGCUGUCGACUUCUGUCUGCCUCACCAUCAACAGGCGAAAGAAUGAGCAGCGAGCAAACAGCUGCAGCGGUCACACCACACCGUCACACAGGUUAUACAGACGCUCUGAACUCCAUCAGAUCCACCAGCCUCCAUGGACCGCCUGCUGAGUCUGUGUCUGAGAGCUCUGGCUCUGCUGCUCUGUGUGGCUGCACAGGUGAUGUGCCAGCACUGUGACAGACCCUGCAGCUGCCCUGGAUCCAUCCCUCAGUGCCCCACAGGAGUCCCUCUGGUGCUGGAUGGCUGCCGGUGCUGCCAGGUGUGUGCACGGCAGCGAGGAGAGCCCUGUACGCAGAAGUUUCCCUGUGACAGCCAAAAAGGACUGCAGUGUGACUACAGCAUCAGCCUUCCAGGAGAGGCGGGGGAGUGUGUCAGUCAGGAGGAUCUGGGCUGUGAAGUCAACGGCGUAACGUACCAAGAGGGCCAGACAUUUCAGCCGUCCUGUGACACCUACUGCUACUGCAAUGGUGGAGGCGUGAGCUGCAAGUCGGCGUGUCCUCUGACCGCUCGUCUUCCUACUCCAGAUUGUCCAAACCCACAGCACGUCCGACUACCAGGGAAGUGCUGCAAAGAGUGGGUGUGUGAGAACCUGGAGAACACAGUGAUUCAGGAUGCAAUUUCAGCCAUGAGGCCACGCACCUUUUGGCCGGCUCAUAGCAGGAACAACAUUCUUCAAAAAAUCAUCCCAACGGCGCCUCCGUGUGUAGAGAGGAGCACCCAGUGGAGCGCCUGUUCACGGAGCUGCGGAGCCGGGAUCUCCACUCGUGUCUCCAACCAGAACCCAGCCUGCAAGCUGCAGAUGGAAACUAGACUGUGUAAAGUGCGGCCCUGCAAUACAGUCCAGCCUACACCGAGGAGACCAGUGUGGGGACAGCAGGGGCAAUGCAAGACCAGCUACACCUCACCAACUCCAAUCCGGCUCAUCCACCAGGGCUGCUACAGCACUCAGCCUUACAAACUCCGAUACUGCGGCCUGUGCACGGACUCCCGCUGCUGCACGCCGCAUCAAACCAGCACGGCUGAGGUGACCUUUAGGUGCCCGAGCGGCAGACUCAUACAGAGACCUGUGAUGAUGAUUCACUCGUGUUCUUGUCACAAUAACUGCCCUUACAGACCCUACAGCAACCCCGCUCUGUGGGGAUUUAGACCCUGAAUGAAGACUGAUUCAAAGAGUGAGGCAGACAGAGAAACACACCAACAGAAGAAGCUCUUCUGAUCCUUGAACAGAAAAUGAAAAGGGUAAAUAAAGACUGUGAUCAAGCUGAGAUGAAUGCUGAUCUUCACACUAAAUCAACUCAGUCUGCACUUCAUGUAAUUUCCUUUAAACUUAAACCCAUUUCAAUGCUGUUAUGCUGGUAGUUCUGCCCUCUUUAAUCUGUAUUAUUUGGCUUCACAAGCAAGUAUGAUUUCAAAUAGCAAUUUUAACAGGAUGAGCAAAGUGCUUUAUAUGAGAAGGAAAAUGUGAAGAGAGAAGACAACACAAAAGGAGAUCAGUACACGACCUAUAAAGUAACUAUAAUAGAUUUGACCUUUUAUUAGCCUUCUGAUUGGUCUGCUGACCCACCAGUUAGAGAGCCCUAAUAAAACUGGUCAAAUCACAGGGUAUGUGCAGUUGUUUCUAAUGAGAAGGAGUCCAUUGACAAGAGAUUUUGUCAAACCAAGGAGGAUGGGACUUGACAAAAGAUCACUUAAGAAAGGGGGUUUAGGAAAGAUAUGCACUGAUUUGACUUCUGUGGUGGUUUUCCUAGAAGUCAGAGGGCAGAGUAGCUCCUUUAUAUACAAAGUUGCCUUGUAAUGUAUCGCCUCCCAUGUGAAAUUUUAGACAAUCUGUUAAGAGACAAGAAAAGUCAGUGUAGACAACUUAAACUAAAAUUUAUAUCGUAGUUUUCUAAAACGCAUUGAUUUGAAUACUGAACAUAUUUUUAUGUAAGAUAGACAAAAUUAUGAGAGUAUAGUAAUAUACAUUCACUGACCACUUUAUAAAGUUUACUUAUUCAGCAGUCCAUUAAUGCAAAUAUCUUGUCAGCCGUGACCAUGUCUACUCGCCAAAGUGCAUAGGUUCAUAUAGUGCAACGUCCUAAGACACAGUUCUAAAACAGUCAUUUGAAGCUAAAAGUUUUGUUCAUUAAUGAGCUCAACAAUUUCAGAAACUGUUUUCUAUUUAAUUCAUGUGUUUAUGGGUUAUGAAUUAGUUCAUUAACUUGAGAAAUAAAAAAGAUUAAAACAGAUGUACAAUGUCAAAUUAGCAUAACUUUAUUUGGACUGAGGAAAAGAACUCUAACUAAAUGUAACUAUGAACUGAGGCCAAUUGGCAUGAUUCAGUUUGGUCAAAACUACAAAACAGCAAAAUUUGUCUUUAUGAUUUUAUAUUUUUAUUCAGAAUUUUCCCAGAAAGUGACCCCAACCUUCGAGUUGACAGCUAAGGUUUUCUGACGUGAGCAAUGCAGCUUUGAACUUGUACAGUUUUGUUUAUGUUUGUAAUAUGAUGGUUUUGCACUUAAUUGUUUAUUUUUGUUGUGUUGUAAAUAUAUUUUGUAAAGCUUCUUUUGUAAAGAAAAAAAUAUUUUAUUAUUUUCAACAUGUCCUGCCUUUUUACGCUAAUCAUUUUGUUUUCUACUUUGUUGUUCAUCAUGAUUUCAUCAUUCUGUACAUACCAUUGCUUUUAAGGGACAUCUUCCAAGCUUAUACAUUACAACACAUGUGGGAGUAAAAUAAUGGGUGCACAGUACAUUAUUUUUGCUCAUGAUCUGUAAGGAUGUUUUUGAAAUGCAUUGACACACACAGAAAAAUGAAAUAAAUGUUGUUUCGUACAAAUGAA